AUGAACGGGGACAAAAUUAAUCAAAAUUCAACAAAUAGUCAAUCGAAUUGUGCGAAAGAUACCGGAAAUAAAACAGGAGCUGCAUUAGAAGAUAUCCGAAAUAAUAAAAAUAAAGGUCCAGACCCUGUUCUCACUAAAAACGAAGAAUUACAAAUAGCUGAAUGGUGUGGAAAACUAAGCAAAUGUGGAUUCCCACUUAAAGUUGAUGAUUUCCUUAAUACAGUGGAACAAAUUUUGAAGCACACUGGACGAGCAAAUCCAUUCAAAAAUGGACGUCCUGGUAGAACAUGGCUUCGUGGUUUUUUCAGACGAAAUCCAGGGUUAUCGUUGAAGGAAGCAGAAAAUAUCACCAAGGGUCGUGCUGUUGUUACAGAGGAGUAUAUCAAAAAAUGGUUUCAAGAUCUUUCAAUUUUUCUUGAGAGUAUAAGUCAAACUACUUUACUAAAUGACCCUAGGCGGAUCAUAAAUGGUGAUGAAACGAGCUUCAGUUUGUGCCCAAAAACAGGCAAAGUCAUUGCUCCCAAAUCAUAUAAAAAUGUAUACCAAAUACAAACGGGGAACGAAAAGGAAACUUUGGCAGUGCUUUUCGUUUGCACAGCUGAUGGCAAAGUUCUACCCCCAAUGGAAAAGGAAUAA